CCCACAGCUUGUGUGGAGCAUGGACUUCAGAAACAAACGGUAUUAAACGCGAAUUCACCUACUGUAUUGGGAAGUAAACAACUGCAGUCAUCACAGCAGGUUUGUCUCUGUGGGGAAAGAAGUGCACUAUUUAGAGAGGUUGGUGGGAGAAGUACCCUGUGAACUUUGCAAAUUUUUUUGAAAAAUGAAGCAAAAUUGCAAUGUACCCGCGUUUUUAAGCAAGUUAUGGACCUUGGUGGAAGAUCCAGGGACAGAUGAUCUAAUCUCCUGGAGUCGAAAUGGCACCUGCUUUCAGGUGUCUAAUGAGAGACGUUUUGCCAAGGAAAUCCUCCCCAUGUACUUCAAACACAACAAUAUGGCAAGCUUUGUCAGGCAGCUGAACAUGUAUGGUUUUCAUAAGGUGGUUCACAUAGGGGUAGGUCUACCUCGAGAUUUGGAUGAUAUAAUUGAGUUUCAGCACCCACGCUUCAGACAAGGAGAACCUCAGUUACUGGACCACAUCAAGAGGAAGGUUUCUGUGAGCCGAGUGGACGACUUUAAACUGAGACAGCAAGAAGUAUUAAAACUCUUGUCAGAUAUUCACCAGAUGAAGGGAAAAAAUGACUUGGCUGACAGCAAAAUUCUAACUAUUAAAAGAGAAAAUGAGGCACUCUGGAAGGAGAUAUCAUCCCUGAAACAGAAGCAGCUUCAGCAACACAAAGUUAUCCGGAAGAUCCUUCACUUCAUUGCCACGAUGGUUCAGUCAAACAGUGUAGCUGGAAUCAAGAGAAAAAUGCCUCUGAUGAUUGGUACUUCUGGUAUGGCUCCUUCCUACCCAAAAUAUAGUCGGCCCAUCACUAUGGACAGCAGUCAGGAUGGUGCGGCUGUUCAUGGUGUUCCGAAAUGUGAAACCUGUGAGAAAGGCAGUGUUUAUCCAGGAGGUGUUAUCAUCUCUGAGAUCACACACCUGAUUGGGAGACCCAGUCUGCCUGGCGAAGAGCAAAGUUUUGUGACUGGAAAGCUGAAUUCUGAUGAAACAUUGUUCAACACAGACACAGACAAUGUAGUUGCCACUUCAAGCACAGCAUCCUCACCGUUUGCAUCACACAAUCUGUAUGACGAUCUCCUGGAUGAAAACUGCCAAACGGCUGCUGAAGAAAGUUCUGACCAGAAUGAAAUAAUUGAUCAUUUGGAUAUGAUUGACAACAGUUUGGCUCAAAUACAUUCCUCGCUCAGCAACACACGUUUAAACACAAAUUUGGAUUUACUGAAAGACCUGUUCAACCCAUCAACUGGAGGAUUAAUAACAUCAUAUCCUGAAGUAGGACCGGAUACCACCAAGAAGGUGAAUGGGCAAAAAUGCACAAGUGUACAAGAGGAACAAGAUUACACAGACUUACAGACUGAACGAGAUACCUGAGACAAUAAAGAUCAGAUGACAAGACAGGAUUCCUGACACCAAAGUUUUUUUUAAAAAAACAAAAAUGCUGGUGUGCCAAUCAUGGAUGCUUUGAUUAUGAAGGCACAGUGGUGAUGGUCAGGUCAUUUGAUGUGAAUGUCUGAUGAACAUUUCCCGAAGAAGAUCUUUUUUAUAGUGCAAUGGCAACAGAGAAACUACCUUGUGAUGAACAAAGGAGAGAUUGUUUAAAAUAAUUCUGAAACAGCGUCAAGUGCUGUACACAAAUGGGAACAAGUUGAUCAAGAAAGCAAAACAUGGUGAAAAAGCACCCAGGAACAUAUCUCCAUGACUGAGGCCUGUGACAUUGCUGAUGCUUAAAUCCCAAAUGAGGAAAGUUUGCUUGAACAAUUGAUGUUCCCAACUUGGUGUGUCUGAGAUUCAUGCUGAAAAUGUGUUGCUGGAAAAGCGCAGCAGGUCAGGCAGCAUCCAAGGAGCAGGAGAAUCGAUGUUUCGGGCAUGAGCCCUUCUUGCUUUAUUUAUAAAUGCUCAUUCUACAGUAGGUUUUGUGAGUCAACAAAGCAUUUAUCUUUUUCACUUGCAGGAACAUGGGAAACUUUCCCUUCUUUAGACCAAAAAAAAAAGUCCUUCUGUUCCCUAGAAAUCAAACAUGAAAGUGAGACCCUCCGCUCUUUAAAUGCCUGCAGGACCAAUUGGCAUAACAAGGUGUCCUUCUAACUUCACAGAUACAUCAAGGAUCCUACGUUUUUCCUGUCCAGGCCCAGGAUUUUAAAGAGCUAUAGUUGAGCUGUUCCUAUAUUAAUGGCACACAGUAGAUUUAUUAUCCAUAAUGUAAAUUGACUGCACAAUGUGUAAUAGAUGCUCCUUAUGUAGCUCAGCAAUGGAAUAAUUUACCAACACUGCAUUUAAAGAUAGAAAAAGAAGAUUUUGUAUUUUUUUUUCAAUUCCCUCUUGUUAAAAUUUUAGUCCUGUCUGAUUUUGUGGCUGUUGGUCAGGAGGAGCAAGAAUACUUAAGGAAAUAACUAGCUUAAACUGGCACCUGUCCAUUGUGUUCACCUGAUACAAAUCCAAAGAAAUAUUGGCUUGAACCUGCCAUUCUGAAAUUCUCUUAUUUGUAUAAGUUCUGCUUUGUGGUGAUGCCCCUAAAAUGAAAUUGUGACUUUACAAGUUUGCUGCUGUCCACUUUCUGCUUAGUAUUUUCUAAAUCUCUGAUUUUAAUGCAUGUUCCAUUGAUUCCAUCUCAAUGUUUAGAAGUAAUGGCUUCAAAGAUGUUGCGUGUUUGUAAGCGCAUCUGUAUUGAUGUCCAGUUAUACUGUGACGAGUGUAGGUUAUCUUGCUGAUUUUGUUGUGUUCAUAGAAUGUCACAUUUCAAAAGGUUUCAGGAUUUUAUUUUAAUGCAGUGUUCUGACACUGACUGUUGCCCCUCUCUACUUCCCCUCCAACUGCUCCACCCAUCACUGCAACCUUUCCUCUAUAGUACCCAAAUGCUUAUUGGGAAAUCUUGGCUGUGUUUCCUAAGACAGUUUGAAUAUAUUACGUUAGGAAAAAUAAAAAAAUUGGAAGCUUGCUUAAAAAUGUUGUCCUUCAUCAAGUCCUGAACGUAGCUAUAGGUGUAGCAAAAAAAUUACAUUAAUUUGCUAGUUCAGAUAAUUCUUUUGCAGGAGUUCUGUUACAAUUGCCUCUGGCAUACAAAAGUAAAGUUAAAAUAUCAUUUAUAAAAAUAAAGUAUUAAUAGCAAUAGGAUACCUUUGGCAUAAAAUUGUACUUCAUCAAAAACCUUGACAACCAUACCAAAACCUUGAUAAAUGGUGAAUCUACUAAAUUAAUAUUUUCUUGCAAAUUGAAUACCUGUCACCUGGAUAUCUCUGUGAUCUUAAAAUACUGGUAGUUGAAGACUGAGUAUUAUGCAGUAAACGUGCUGGUGUUUGCCUGCUGCAGUACAUGGGAUUGGCACUGAGAAGCUUCUGGAUAUUGAGACCAAAAAGUUCUAUUUUCCAACUUUUGAUUGGUGAAAUGAGAAUCUUGCGAAUGUGUGACAAGAGGCAAAUUUAAAUGCAUCAGCAUGUAUUAACAUCUUUGUAUGUCAUCUUGCAUCAUUAAAAUGCUUUUGCCAUUCUCCCAAUCUCCGUCUUGGUCACAAGACAUUGAUAUCUCAGCACGUACUCCAAGCGGGCAGCAGUCAAACAGUUCUGCCCCACGUUAGCUGAUUCCUGAUAAGGUUCAAUCCUAGGAUUGUGUACAAUAGCAAAACAUCUUCUCUUGUGUGCUAGUUUAGUAACCAAAUUCUUAACUGAUAAAUCUUCAUACAGUAUCAAAAAAGCUUCCUUUUGCUCAAGCAGUAUUAUGCAACAUUUUGAAAGUUUAUUUUGUGGUCAUUUCACUAGUGCUUAAGAACUAGUUUAUCUUCUGCUUACCUUUUUAGAUGUAAAUAGGAUAUUUUUUCCAGAGAGCACUUUUUUAAAAAAGAGGAUGUGGUUUUGUACAGGCAAGUCUGAAAAGUAAUGUUUAUUGUAUCAAUUUUGCACACUUAAUGCUGUUUAUGUGCACAACACUAAUAAACUAAUGUGUGUACUGGACAGAAUUAAAUCUACGUUAUCAAAUGUUUGAUAUCAUAUAUUUCCUACAGUGGCUGUGUAUUAAUAAAUGUAUUGUAAAACGCUA